UCGCCAUGUUGAAGUUGGUGUUUUGUUUAGUUUGUUUUGUGGUUGGUGGCUACGGAUACACAGCCCAGGAUAUAGCAGAUUUCGAUAACUUUAUUGCUGAUUUCCAUAAAACAUAUGCCACCACCACAGAUCGGAGCAAUGCCAAUUUCUACUUCAUCUACAAUAGAAAUCAAGCCACAGCGCAAAAUAAUCAAGCCGAUCGGAAUACAAGUAGCUCUCGACAGGCAGUAAAUCAGUUUUCUGAUAUUCGUCUAAUACAUUUUGCUGCUUUGCUACCCAAGUCUGUAUAUCCAAGUCUAUCCUAUGCUUCGACUCCUGUGGAAACUCAAGAUGCCCUUGCCGAAGUGGACAUUAUCGCAGAUAUGGGUCUGAGCAUUACGGUCGAGGAUCAGGGCGUUAGCUGCAGCAGCAGUUGGGCUUAUGCCACAGCUAAAUCCGUUGAAAUAUUGAAUGCAUUGCAAACUGGAAACCCGAGUCCUCAGUCCUUGUCUGCCCAGGAACUGAUCGAUUGCACUAGCAUGGGCACGGGCUGUACCACACAAGUUCCGCAAGUCGGCUUCGAUUAUCUCACCCAGUACUCGUCGAUUCUUAGUCCAGUUGACACCUAUCCGAAUACGAAUACCGUUACCAAUCAGGGUUUCUGUUUGCCCAAUCAGAUUACAGGAGAUGUUCGCCUGGCUACCUAUGCAACAAUCGCGGAUGGAGAUGAUGACUCAUUAAAGCGUUUCGUAUCAAAUAACAUCCCCGUGGUGGUAGAGUAUAAUCCCGCCACCUUCGGCUUCAUGCAGUACAGCAGUGGAGUUUAUGUCCCAACUACUCCAAAGGCAACGAGCUCUCAGUUCUUGGUUGUUGUCGGUUACGGAUAUGAUGCAAACUCUGGCCUGGACUACUGGAAAUGCUUAAACUCAUUUGGCACCACCUGGGGUGAGAAUGGUUACAUUAGGAUUGUGCGCAGCACUAAAUAUCCCUUGGCCAAAAAUGCAAUUUUCCCUAAUACAUUUUAAGCCAUGUAAAAUAUUAAAAAUAUACCAAAAGUAAUUGUCGAAUUAAA